AUGGCAAAAGGCUCGACGUCGCUCAUUGACCCACGGUACUGCUGUUGUGCGGUACCGAUGGUCAAUUCGGGCAUCUACGCGAUUAUCGCAGAGCAAGCGGCCGUCGCCAUCGCAACUGCCGUGCUAUGCUUUGUCGCACCGAGUGUGCCGGGCGUCGCAACACCGCCAUUCGUGACGUACAUUCUCGCCAUCGUGUGUCUCGUCGGAUUAGCUGUACAGCCCGUAGGCUUUGUGGGCGCUUUCCGCGAGAAGACCAAGACGUUCCGCAUCUACAGUGCGAUAAAUGGCAUCAUCACGCUAGUCGCGUUCAUUGUUGCGGCAGCCAUCAUCAUCAUCUCGGCGGUCCGGCAUGAUGCUGCCAUGGCAAAAUGCAUCAAGGAUUAUUUCACGCCAUCGGCUACGGCGAGCCAGCAAGCCCAACAGACGUUGACCGAGGAGAGCGGGCUGCUGUGCAACGCAUUCACGUGGGCCGACGUCGGGCUCAUGGGCGGCCUGUGGGUCAUCUUAGCCCUCACGCAGUCGUACUUCGUCUACUGCACGCGCAAGUACGGCGUGAGCCAGGUCAAGGACCACAAGCUCUACCACUCGGUGUACAGCGAGAACCCCGAGGCGUUCACCAUGAGCAUUCUCCAGAGCAAGCGCUACAACGGAACCGACAGUGUCAUGUGGACAAACUCGAUGGCGGCACCUAGCGGACCACGCGGAGAUGACUGGGACGCGCGCCCGAGCUACGAGAGCGGUCGGCACGAGCCGGGCCCAGACGCUGGCGGCGCGUACUACAACCACGCGCGCGGGUACACGGACGGCCGCGAGGAGUACAGCUACGGCGACACCCCCGCAGGCCCGUCUAACCCGUACGCGUUCAAUGCGCCGGGCGGCGGUUACGUCGACCCCGUUAACCCGGCUACCAUGCCCGGCGCAAACAAGGUCUAG